AUGGCGGGGAUCAUAUUCCAACACAACCUCCACACUACCCUAUUCAACGGGUCUCUCAACAAGGAUAUCAACUCAUCACUCGCCUCAACCUCAUCAACCCACAUAUUACCCGACCUUUACUCAACAGCGACGUUAGCGCCAAGUCUCCCAUCCCCAACAUCCGACCUCACACUCACCACCGCAUCCGCCGCGCCCCCAAGCGAAACCGACCAGGAAAUGUCCUUGGAAACAAAAGUCGGCCUCGCAAUGAUCCCCAUCGCCGUCGGUCUCUGCGCCUGGGGUCUCAUCCUGCUAAUCCUCUGGCGCCGCCGCAAAGUCCACCAGUCACAUCAUCGAAUAACCUCCUUCGCCGCCUUAGGCCCCGAAAAGGCGCACUCGCCCUUACUCCCCUCACUAAGCAGCAGUACAAGAAGCCGCCGCGUCUUCACAAUGGCCGCAUUCUACAGUCGCGACAAACAAGGCAUGAGCGUAACACGACCCACGACUCCACCUCCCUGCAACUCGCCAGUCGGGCGUGCAAAAACAGAUUCUAAUCCCGACUCGCCUAUCGAUGGAGGCAGCCCGUUUCGACUGCGACCAGGGGAGGCGAGGAAGAGUCUGGGAUCGGAGAUAUCAGAAUUGUGGCCUUCGCCGCCGCCGACGGUAUGGGCGCGGCGUCAGGAUAUACUCGAGCAGCUGCCUACAUCGCGGUUCGGGCGCGAUAUGACGGGGCCGCGGCUGAAGCGGAGUGAGAAUAGGGGAUCGCUGCGGGAUGCACGCGAUGUGACUAGGCCGUCGAUGGGUGAUAAUUGGCCUUUGAUAUGA